AUGUCUGCGAACAGCAUCGGAGCUCAGUUGCGGCGUUUUGUAGCUAUUUGCCAAUCUGAGGCAGAUCCAAAUACACGGCUUCCUCAUCCUCUAAAUAGAUCGCCGGCGGAAUGGUCGCAUCUAUCCGAUUUGCUCUCUUCUCUACUUCAGUCCUGUCCACCUGCUCGUUCCGCUAUUCUGAGUUUUCUACAUCCCAUUGUAGUGGCUCACCUACAGGCGAUUUCUACGCAUCAGCAAUCGCAGAUUAUUGAGGGCGUUUUACCUCAAAAACGCUGCUGGCAGCCACCCUUAGUGCUUCCGUCUGAGGCCUUUAUUAUGGCUGUUCUCACAGAGGCUUUGGGAGUGUGCGAGCGGGAGGCUAGUGUGCUGCGUGAUCAGAGUCAGGCCUCAUUUGCUGCAGAUGUUUGUGCCUUUGCUCUGGAUAUUCUCACCCCCAUUGCACCGCCACCUCAUCGAGACGUCUCCCUUGCAUGGCGUUACCGGCGGAAUCGGGCGCUGUUUCAAAAGCAUGUACACACAGAUCUGCGUUGCAGUCGCCAAAAGGACAAUAGUAACACCACUACCACCACCAACAACAACAAGCGACCGCAUUCAGACGUGGAAAGCACCGCGGAAGAUGUGUCUGAGCUGGACGAAACUAAUGAUAGUAGUAGUGAAGGUAGUAGCAGCGAAAGUGACUCCGAUGGUGUGGUAAAUGAAGUAACCUCUGGUGACGAUGUAGAGACCGAACGCGUUGGUGCUACGUCGGCGGAGGGUGCGGAAAUGGAGGAUCUUUCGCCAGACUUACGUCCAAUCGGAUUCAACCUGCGCCUCCUUGGCCCGCUGUGGAUGUCCUCAGCGGUGGUGAAACAGCUUUUGCGCAUCAUCUUUGCAUGCCUAGUCGGACGACUCGCUAGUCGCGCGUGCGUGGAGCGCCUAGUGGCAGUCGCAUUGCCCCACGAAUUUCGUGGCCGGUGGCGGAGGGGAACAGCACCUCCGCUGCACCCUGUGAACCAUAAAAUGGACUUUACCGCCUGCCAACCGCACUGGUGCACUAACUGGCUGCUGCGCCAGAUCACUGAUGCUGGACUGUCGUCGGUGGUUGAACCUUUCUGUCGCCGUCUGCUGGAGGUGUGCCUGCGUGGACCUCCUUUAGGACAGCUACCCUACAGCGUGGAGUACCACAGAUUCUGGGCCCUAGCGGGUCUAUCGAAUCUUGUUUUCUGCUGUGUGUUCUUUACUCCACUGGUGCGACUCUCACUGACUGGCUGGUUGGAGGAGAAGCUUGCGGAAAUGCGGGACGCACAGCCCCCUCCGCUCAUCCACGUAUUGGCGCCGCUGAUUAUCCUUGCUCCACGUGGUUCUACCUUUCCAGAUGUUGCGCUGGCCCAUUCAACGAUUGCCCGAUUAAGAUACCCGCCAGCACAUCCUCCUCCAAGCAGCAUGCCUCAUUGGGGCUCGUCUUCUCAUCCCCAACCGCCACCUCCACCACCACCACCACCACCUCCACUGCCGCCACCGACUUUCAAUGCGACGCCGAGUGCACUAGCAGUGGCCGGUGGCUUCCUGCCUCACGAAUUUCACCUUCUUCCACCUCACUCUGAACAAGUGCGCUGUUUGGUGGCAGCGUGCACUGCAAUACGCUCCACUGUUCUCUUCACACUUCGUACCUACGUAGACAAGAUGGCAAAGGAGGCAGAUGCGCACACACUGGAGUCGACUGUGGAGGGUCUGUUCAGAGUGCUUCCGAGUCAGGAGGUAGAACUGUUUAAGGAACUCCUUGUCAACAGCAUCUGUCUCGCCUCAGAGGAAUGUGGUUGUGACUGCCUGGAACUCCUUCUACGUCUGGAGUCGUCUUCCUCGUUGUCUUCCGCAAUCGUAUCCUCCGCUCAGGCCAUCCUUCGUCUCCUCUGCCUUCGAACUCACGAGGCUGCAGUUUGCAGGUCUAUGCCUGAUAGUGAAAUCCCCCGCUUUUUCCUCGGUCGAACCCUCCUUGAACAUAACAGAAGCCCCGAUUCCUUAUUCUCUUCCACCAUCACCGUUUGCGGCGGAGGCGGCACAGGUGGUGUACUUAUGCAGCACCUUACCAAGAGAGGCUCCUACUAUGCUGGCCUUAUGCUCGUCCUCCACUCCUGCUACACCCGCAAUAGUCAUCUGGCACAAACCCUCUUUAGAAACAUGAUCCUCUGGAAUGCGGGUGAGGGUCCCCACAACCCCAACAAAGCUCGCUGUCCCCUUCUAUUCUUCCUCCCUCUCCUCUCCGAAUGGACAUCUGCUAAUCUAGGACCCGGCUCUGCUCCGCAGGAGCUAUUGCGCCACUGCCUACGUGACGUUUUGGAUACUAUUGCCGUUGCGACAUGGGAGGAGCAAAGAAAAGCGCUGGUCAAUCUCCUUUGGCUCGUUCGACGUGAGCAGCGAGAAGGUAGUGACAUGGGGCCGCAACUAAGUCCUGCAGUGAUCGCUUUGCUACCACGUUUCGUCGCUUUUCUUCCUGGUCUUGUUGAAGAGGCCGAACUGAAGAGUCUGGAGGUGGUACUACAUCUUCUUGAGUCUGUUGAGAAGUCUUCUCCGAUACGCCUAUCUGUUGGUGAUAGUAUUUGUGUCGGUCAACGACUGGCUUACCUCCUAAUCUCCCUCAUGGAAAGGUUAGAUCGAGCGAACGCGGAGCUUCAAGACUUAAUUAUCCGAGCCUUUCGGCGAAUAAAGGAUCUGUUGGAGAAUUUAGCAGAGUUGGAAGGAUUGGUUCGAGACUCCGCAUUAGUUUGUAUUGCUCAGGCGGCGUGCGAUCAGUUUUCGACAACAAAGACGUCGCUGCUCUUUGAAGCAACUCCUGCUUCUAUCCUUCCUAAUGAUGAUAGACCAUCGGGUCUUCUUCUAGCCAAUCCACCCCCUCCUCCUCCAGAACCUACCUUUAAAACGACGUCCGUUAAGGGUCAGUUGAUCCGUCGAACUCCUUUGAACUCAAAGGCUUCUCAAGGUGAUGAAUUAUCAGUUUGGAAGCCUUCCACUUGCCUUUGGAUCCAGCUGGUUCGGCGAUUGAUCUCGUCAUCGACUUCAGCGUCUGGUGUCAACGUCACCCAUCAGCACUACUUCGGGAGGGCACUGGAAGACACUCUCCUACCACAUGGACUACAACUUCCGCACACGAACGUUCAGACCUGCACAUUGAAUCCUCCCAACUUUCAACAGCCAUGGGGCUUGGGCUUGGAACGCAUUCUUGUUCUUCUACGAGCCUUCCUGCCCGAUUGGAAACUCUCCUCGCCUUCCAAUAGCGAACGGGUUUUAUGGGGGUUCUUAGAACUCCUGUUGCAGCCUCCUCCAUCGGCGUCGCUAACUGUGGAAGAAAACGCCACGGAUGAUGCAGCGAGGAGGCUUCCUCUGCCAGCAAUGCGACUGCUGUUGGGCCUUCUUUCAGGACUGGAGGUCACGUGGGCCUCCGUCCUCGCCCCCUGUGUUCCUCUGUCCACCUUCACCGACGAUGCCGAUGUUCAAGCAGUUCUCGGCGUCUUUCCCCUUCCCGGCAUUCCCGCUGUUGCACGGCAGCGUGUUCGAAAACUGGCAGUGGACCUCGGCCAUCGACGUGUGGACACCUCGAGUCGUCUCUACAACGCCACGGAACUCCUCCUCACCCGUCUUGCCCAGUUCUCCAUCACUCUAAAACCCAAUAAUCCUCCAUCCUCUCCUCCUCCGUCUUCACUGCCACCACCACCGCUAGAGGGUCUUCUGCGUCUCCUGACUCCUCGAGAAAUGGCGUUCUGUCUGUCAGAGACGCGUCGCGGUGUUCGCCUCCGCGCCUACUUAGCGUGGAGAGGCGGUGGAGGCAUAGGAGGGAGCAAUGACGGCGUCUUUGCGCUAAGCGCGGGGAUGCUGCGCGCUCUGGUCCAGUCACAUCUGGUGGAGGAUGGACUAGCCAGUAUCGUUCCACGCCUCAUCCUACAAUUCGUACCAUCUUCCUCAUUCACAUCAUCUUCCUCCUCCUCCUCGUACGGGAACUCCGCAAGCAGCAGGCGUCUCCUUUCCAUCCUCAAUCGAAAGGGAGGCGAGAUGGUGGAUGAAGAGGAUGAGGAAGACGGUUCCACAGAAAUGGAAGAGGACGAGGAAGAUGAGGGAGGGCGUUUACGAGAAAUCGAUGUUGAUGGGGAGGUGAUGGUGGUCCUUGAUGAUUGA